AUGGAAAAGAUCUACGUCAUUUGCUUCCUGGAAGUGGUGAAGAUGCACAACAAGGUCGAGCUCCGCAGUCCUAUGAUGGUCUUCAAGGUGGUGAUCGGGCUUCGCAGGUGCUUGGUGAUGCUGCUCAACAAGGUCGGGCUCUUCGUGGCGCUGUGCAUGGUGAAGGUGCUCAACAAGAUCGGGCUCUGCAUGGCACGGUGCUUGGAGAUGAUGCUCUACGUGGAGUUGCGAUUGGAGAUGGAGGAGCUCAUCAUGGUCGGGCUUUGCAUGGCACUGUGCUUGGAGAUCUACCUGGACAUGGUCGGGCUUUGCAUGGUGGUGCGGCUGAACAACUUCAUGGUCUUCCUCGAGAUGAACGACUCCAUGGUGGCGCUGAACUACAUGGUCUUCUUCGUGACGGACGUCUUCAUGGUGGAGGAACUAUGGGUGUUGCACCAAUGCCGGCAUCAUGGGAAGCGUCUGGAGGUGGAAGUGGUGGAAAAGCUGAACUGCCGACGUUGCCGAAUGGCGCAUCGCCGUUGGAGUUUGGAGAUUGGCUUUGUCUUUGUGGACGUGGAAAUCAAAAUGCAGCUGCAGCAAACAACAAAGCGGCUGUCAAGCAAGCUUCAGUUGGAAAAGGUCAAGAUGGUGGAGUUGCAAGCUCAACAACUGAUCAAACUUCCUCCAGUACAAGCGCUGAUGGUCCAGGACUGGGUGCUGAGAGUCGAUGUGGAACUUCACAAUGGAUGUCCCUACGUUGCUCAUGAAUUUGGAGCAAAGCUGCUGACGGUGUUGGAACAGCAUCAAAUUCAACAAGAGCUGAAAAAGAUAACCUUGAAGUCGAUCUUGACAAGAGGGGCUGCCGGUCUUGGCAACAACAUGAGCAUUGAAAUGGCGAUGCUUGUCAAGCUCAAGGAGGUCAUGCCGACUCUGCCUGAAGAUUUGGCGUUGAAGCUGGUCCCAGAUCUCUCAGUGCUCACGGACCCCAACAUCGGCUUGAACCUUCCAUGGAAUCGCAGAAAGCGAAAAAGACUCAUGAUGGCAAAGAAUGUGAUCAUCCACAUGUACAGUGGACCUGAUGCUUCUUACUGGGAGCGGCGUUUGUCAAAUGAGCACACUGAGGUGCUGUGCGUGGACUUGGAAGCCUCAACACCUUCAAAUGCUUUGGAUGAAACAACCUUUGCGUUUUUGCUUUCCUUGUGCGCCAGCAAACGUGUCAAAGCUCUACUUGGAGGCCCUCCAUGCAGAACAACAAGUGCUCUCAGGUUUCAAAAAGAUGAUGGUCCACCAAUUCUUCGAACAGAAGAUCACCCAUAUGGUUUGCCAUCAUUGACUCCACAACAAGCUGAAUUGGUCACCAAUGACUCAAUUCUGUGGCUCCGGUUGAUGCUGAUGUACAUCCUCUGCGAAGAAGUGCGUCCAAAAGAACAAGCUCAAACUGCAUUUCUUUGUGAACAACCCCAAGACCCAGCGGAAUACCGCAAGAAGGAGGAUGUGGAUGAGCACCAGUACUUUUCAAUGUGGAGAACUCAGGAAUGGAAAAGCUUCCAAGAAGCCUACAACGCCAAGCUGAUCUCCUUUGAUCAAGGGCUGCAGUUGCUGAAGCAAUCAGCAGAUGGAUUCGCCGUGAAGCGCCUCCACGUGAAGGACCUGAAGAUCCUACUGGCGUUGUUUACGCCGAUGACGAUGUCCGACCUGUUGGUGUCGCUGCAAUUGGAAAUCUCUCGGGUGAUCCUCAAGAACAACAACCUGGAGAUGGUCAACCACCUCAACAACAUGGUGAACGAGUUCAACAACCAGCGGGCCACGAAGCUCAACAUGAACAAGGUCUUCCUGCAGACGUUGCUGACAGAAGCUACAGCUCUGGAGUUGAAAAGCGAGAGCGAUGAAGCUGAUCCGUUGUGGAUAGCUGCGGUGCUGCUGAUGAUCCUUGGGGCAAUCUAUGCAGGCAAAUUGACAAUGAUGUCAGCGAAGUGUUGCCUGAGACGAUUGCAAUGGGUCAACGAGCCUCAAGCAGUUGUUUCACGUGAUGGUGAUGAAUCAUCAAGCUCCGCUACCAAAGGUGUUGAAAUGAGAUCGAGUUUGAGGCGACGCUCGGGCUCUUCGAGCGGAUCUGGCCCUGCGCAGGCCCCUUCUGCUGGAUCUAUAUGCAGUUCUGGCCCUUAG